GGAAACUCGCGCUCUCUGAUAUUUGAGAAGUCCGCUUGUAGAACUCUGCAACUUCCCGGGCCUCAUCCUCUGUCAGCUCUGCCGAAGAGGCCGUAUCUCUUUGUUCCCCCUCACAGAGGGAGCAGAAAGGAGGACGGAGGAUGGAAACCCUGACCCUCUUCUCCCCAUCCUUCCCGAACCUCAUCUUUAAACCCAGCGUUAAGGGGCCGUACUUCUCAUUCGCCAAAUUCCCAUUGCAUGUCGCAGGAAAGCGUCGGCUCUCGGACAGCUUCCGGCGUUUUGCCGGCGGAGGAUCGUCUGAUGAGUUCCCUGUAGACGACUCCUACCUGGAGAAGUUCAAGCCCAGGAGCAAGGAGACGGAGGACGAGGCGCGCCGGAGGAAUUGGAUGGACCGGGGCUGGGCUCCGUGGGAGGAGAUCCUUACGCCCGAAGCGGAGUUCGCGAGGAAGAGCCUUGAUGAGGGGGAGGAGGUGCCACUGGAGACGCCGGAGGCAAUCGAGGCGUUUCGGAUGCUAAGCCCGAAGUAUAGGAAGAAGAAGAUGGAGGAGAGCGGGCUCAGCGAGGAUGAGUGGCUGAGCAAGCAGUUCGAGAUCAAGGGAGAGAUUCCGGAGCCGUUGAAGACAGCGUGGAACGGCCCUCUCGUGCUUCUGAAGAUCCCACCAAGGGACUGGCCUCCGCCGGGGUGGAGGGUGAACAAGCGGGAGCUCGAGUUCAUCCGCGAGGCGCACAAGCUGCAGUCAGUUCGGAUUGACCCGGACAACGUGGAGGCGGCCAUUGAUGCACAGGAGGCCAGCUUUUCUCGGUAUGAGAUAUUCUUGAAGCAGUACAAAAUAUGGGUGGACGCCAACAGGGAAAGGUUGGAGGAUGAGUCUUAUGAGGAAGAUCAAGACUAUUAUCCUGGUAGAAGGAAAAGAGGCAAAGAUUACAAUGAAAACAUGCAUGAGCUUCCGUUUCUGUAUCCAGGACAGAUUUGUGCAGGAAAAGUGUCUAGCAUACACCUCUAUCAAGGAGCAUUUGUUGACAUUGGCUGUGUGCAUGAUGGUUGGGUUCCCAUAAAGGGAAAUGACUGGUAUUGGAUACGUCAUCAUAUACAAGUGGGCAUGAAUGUCAUUGUUGAAAUCCUGGCAAAGCGUGAUCCAUACCGGUAUCGUUUCCCAAUCGAAUUGCGCUUUGUUCAUCCAAAUAUUGAUUAUCUUAUCUUUAACAGAUUUGAAUUUCCCCCAAUAUUCCAUCGUGAUGAAGAUACAAAUCCUGAUGCCUUAUUGCGUGAUUCUGGGAGAUCUCCAAUGCCAAGAAGAAGGCAGUUGGAGAAAAUUGAGGAGCAACCUCUACUGUCUGAUCAUCCUUACGUAGAUAAGAUAUGGCAGCUCCAUGUCUCUGAACAGAUGAUUCUAGAUGAUGAGGAAGAGAAUCCUGACGAGUAUAAAAACGCUAAUGAUGUGUCUGAAUUGAUGGAUGCUGAUUCUGCUAAUGAUGAAGAAUCCAUUGAAUACACACAGAGAUAUUUCAAGAAGGCUUUACUUCCACAUGUAAUCAUGAAAACAAAUGUGAAGGAACUUGAUAUGAAAUCUGCCUGUGCUGAAAGGCAGCUUAAUAAUAAAUUAAAGAAGGAAGCUGAGGAAAGAGGAGAAGAGUUUAAGGUAACAAAAUUGCACAGAAACAUUGAGAUGGACGAGUAUGAUUUUAUCCACUGGCGGAGAUCUUUGGAGGAGAGGGAAGCACUUAUCAGGGAUAUAAGCUGUCGGCGAGCACUUGGCCUUCCCCUAGAGGAGCCAGAAAGAUACAAGGAUGACAGUUACUUUGGAAAAGACCAUUAUGACCCUUCAAACCCAUUAUAUCGCUAUGAUUACUGGGGAGAACCCAAAAACUCUGAGAAGAGCAAACAAGAGAGGGAAACUGAUCUCCAUAACAAGUCAAUAAUUGGCAAAGGGACGGUAUGGUAUGAGAUGUCAUACGAAGAUGCAAUUAAACAGCAGAUGCAGCGGCAAGCCGGAGCUCAUAAAAUGAAAGAGGAUGAUGAACAAGACGAAGAGUAUUCAAAUUCAGGCAACUCAAGUUCAAACACAUCACAGCCAAUUGUUAAUGGAACUGAGUCAACCCACAUGUCGGAUGACGGGUUAUUUGGACAAUAAGAUGAAGGAUAUAUUGGAAAUGCUACGGGUCACCUGUACAUUAUUGCUAUAACUGAAGCUUGGGCGUGAGGACCCAUAUGAAUUGACCCAGCAGCUUUUUCAUGAGACAGGAAACAAAAAUUUUGAGGAAGUUCAGAAAAAUUAGGCUUUUCUUGUGUGCCAAGAAUCUGUAAAUAGUCAUUCAAAAUCUGUUAACUGAAACAUAUAAUUCAUUGUGCUCAUUGCAGUAGUUCAUGCACAAAUGUACUUCUUCCUUGCUGUAAUUUGUAGUGAUUAUGGAUAUCCAAAAUAGAAUGGUUGAAGAGUGUCAUCUUCCCUCACACCAAAUGGACUCUCUUAUUGUCAUUUAAAGUAGUGUAUAAUACUUCUGGAA